AUGGCGCAAAAAACAAUUGAUUAUACAUACAAUAAGCAGCACAGCUUUCGAGAGCCGGAGCCGGAGAACGACCAUGAUCCCGACUUUGUGGCCGACUGGGCUUGCGACACUUGCACCCUCCCGAUCUUCUCGACCCCCGGGAACAGAUUUAUGCACGACGAGUGCGCGAAUCUCCCUGCCACGCUGGCCCCGUUGUUGCAUCCCAGAAGCAUACAAAGUGGGGAGUGGCACUACCGUUGCCACCUAUGUCAACAGUCAUUGCACUUUAAUUGCGUCCCAUCUGUCGAUCGACUCUCCAAGAUCAAGUUUGGGUUUACGGUCCGUGUACAAGGCCAUCCAUGCCCCGUCGCUUGUGUACGCGCGCUUUCUGUGUAUUGCUACAUGUGUGGCCAUUGUGGGAAGACCAUAAAGGAACACAACGACGAAAUUGCUUUUGAGUGCCCCAAGUGUUAUUUUAGGAUCCACAAAGACUGUUGUGCAAAAACACUCUUGUCAGAUAAGGAUGAUGUUACCGACUGUAGUGACGAGGAUGCUCGCUGGCGGCAAUAUGGUAAAGGUGUGGUGAUGAAGUUGUGGGCCUGUGGCGAGGUGGCGGGGGUACAGAUUAGGUUUCGGAGCAUCCGGAGGACCGCCAUUGCGACAAAACCUGGGAUUCGGCCAUCUGCCACUCCGUCCAGGCGCCAAAUCCACAGCGAGACCGGGAUCGAGUGCGAGCGCCUCCUCCCCAAUGAAGUAGAACACCUCCAAGCAGCGAUUCUUCAAGAGUCGAGCCACGAAUUGGGAGAAUUGUCUGCGUACGGAAACAUCUAUCCCAAUUUAGCUCUUCCAUCAGUCCAUGCCUGUCAGAGUUACCACCAAAUCCACAUACAAGUUGUACCAGCCAGAGUUAAUGGCAUCCAACUACUUUCAUCAAACAAUAAGAAUCAGGGAACAAAGUUAUGA